AUGGCUGAAUCGAUCGAUCAAUUAUUUUCAGCUGUUUCUGUUUCACAAUCCGAUCCUUACGACACUUUUAAACAGCAUCCUAGAUUUGCUCAAUACAAAAGUACCACGUUGCCCGAUCAACAUGCUAGACGACAGAAGGAAUUGGAAAGGCAAAAAAGGAAACGAUCGGAGGCUUACAAUUUACUUCGGCACUUAGAAGAUGAAGUAACUAUGGAAAUUGCCACAGCAGAACCAACAGAGAGUAAGUGUGAAGACAUGAAACCUGCCUCCAAGCGAAGCCAGCAUAAAACUAAAAGCUAUAAGCCUUACGCUAAUCAGGGUAGGACUACUGCAUACUCUAGGAAAGGCAAUAAAAUUAGUAGAUUUAAUUCUGCCCUUCCUGGAGGUAGCGCUGGUAGAAGGGCGCCAAUGUUUGAAACUAGUAGUGAUAAAAUCUAUGCCUCAUUGAAUGACAUUAAAGAGUAUCCGAUUGAUGGUCUACUAUUCUAUCAUAAGGAUGGUCAUUAUAAGCCAGGUGAGAAAUCUUCAUUAGUAAAUUGGUUGAAGCCACAUAUGGUACCUGAAAUUUUGGGGUAUCCUGUUCCGGAAAAGUACAAGCAAGCUGAAAUACAAAUGGCUGAAAAUUAG